AACGAAGCGUUUUCAACACUCUCAUCCAGCGAUAUCUCUCUGGCCUUUGCGUAGGCAGUCACCAAACUGAUCGGUGCCCCUUUCUGCUCCUGCUCCUGCUCCGACCUCCGCCGUCCGGCCUUCUGCGUCGGCUGUGUCAUGUGAAUAUGCUUUUGACAGGUGAUUACAUUGAGGAAGAGAGAUGAAGCUAGGCCUGAGCCGAGCAUGUUUUUAUAGCAGCUGUUCUGCAUCGAUUUUCUCUUCUUCAAUCCCAUCUUUAACAACAAUUAAACCAAAAAUUCCUCUCUUUUUGAGGCCGCUCACUUAUUCAGUAACUUCAUCAGACCUUCAAAAAUGGCAUGGAUGGGCAAAAAGUCUUGCCUCCUCCGUUGGGUCGUCUUUUGUGGAAUCUGAUAAUGGCCCUGACUCCACUCUUCUGUGCCGGGAGCUAAAUUGGCUCCUAGAGGACUCACUUGAAAGCCGCUCCUCCUCCUCAUGCUUUUCCUUUGCCGCUUGUAAAUAUGAUACUUUUGAUGGAAUUGAGAAUGUCAUGUUAAGAAUAAGUUUGGAUGAUCUUUACCAGUUAUGGAAGCAGAGGGUUGAAGAGAGGAGGCCUUUCCAGUAUAUAGUAGGGUGUGAGCACUGGAGGGACUUGGUGCUGAGCGUGCAAGAAGGGGUCUUGAUUCCAAGGCCAGAGACAGAAUUGAUCGUUGAUCUAGUGAGCGAUGCGGUUUCCAAUAAUCAAGAAUUGGGACAAGGGUUGUGGGCAGAUGUAGGUACUGGUAGCGGUGCUAUUGCUAUAGGUAUUAGCAAGAUUUUGAGGAGUUAUGGGAGAGUUAUUGCCACAGAUUUAAGCCCAGUCGCGGUUUCGGUGGCAAUGUUUAAUGUGCAAAGGUAUGGCCUUCAGCAUGUGACUGAAGUAAGGCAAGGAUCUUGGUUUGAGCCGUUAAAGGAUGUUGAAGGACAACUUGUAGGUAUUGUGAGUAAUCCACCAUACAUACCUAGUGACAAUAUCUCUGGACUACAAGCUGAAGUUGGUAGACAUGAACCAAGACUCGCGUUAGAUGGUGGUGCGAGUGGCAUAGAUUAUCUUCUUCAUCUUUGCAAUGGGGCUGCUGCAAUGUUGAAACCUGGUGGAUUUUUUGCUUUUGAAACCAACGGGGAGAAGCAAUGCAAGUUUCUUGUAGAUUACAUGCAAAAUGACAUUGCAGGAAGCUUUUGUAAUUUGAACAUUGUGUCUGAUUUUGCUGGUAUCCAAAGAUUUGUGACUGGGUUCCGUCAAUGAGCAAAUAACAUAAAAUGUCCCUUUACCAGCCACCAAGGAAGUUGCGAGACAAGUUUUGCCUGCAGUGUAACUAGAUAUCGUAAUAUCUAUGAAAUCAUAAUAUCAUCCUUAUCAGUGCCCCUUUCUCAUAUCAUUGAUGACCGGAAUACAUUGAGAUUCAAAAAUUAAAACUUAUUUGGCUAGUUUGGCAUGAAUGUAUGGAUCUUAUGAGAUA